CGUUCAACUCGUGCCGCAACAGAGAAGGCCUUCAAGAACAGAACGUUCAACUCGUUCAGCUGCAACUGCAAAGCAUGCAAGCGGGGUCGAGUGACGUCGGAGGCGCCGACUGUCCGACGGACACGACGCAGUUGCUGGAGCGCGUGGAUGCUCCCUGCCUGAAGCACGAGGCGACGCUGGACUUCCUGCGCACCCAUGGGCGCCUGCUCUUCCUGGUGCGUGGUCCUCCCGGUUCGGGAAAGAACAUCGUGGCCGCCGAGCUGGAGGAGCUGUACCCGGAGUGCCGCUCCUACUGGUCGGACAAGCUGUUCAGUUCGCCCGUGGCCCCCGAGAGAAACACGGUCACCAUGCGCGAGUCCCACGACCUCUGCCUCAGCAAAAUUGAGAGUUUUAUGAAGAAUGAUGCGCCCGUGAUAUAAAUCGAAACACGAACGUCAGGGUGUGGGAGAAUCGCCAAGUUCCUGGUGCUGGCGUCGAGAUACGGCUACACCGUCAUUCUCGUCGACAUGCCGCUUCAUUUCGUCUUGGAUCCAAAGGUACUGACAGCAACGAACAACAAAGGCCUGGGCGAGUCCUACAUCACCCAGCGGGUUAGGCAGUGGGAAGAGGUGCAUCCGCUCGCCACAGGUUGGGCGCCGAGACCGAGAGACGCGGCGAAGCUGCUGCAUCGCUACCGACAGCUCAGGAAGGCGUUGCACGAGGCUGAUCCUGCUCUGGCACCAAAAGACAUCGCCAGCAGCAACGUGUUCCCUUUCUGCCUGGCCAGGGUUUGUGUGUUCGGGAGAACCACAGCGGAAAGCAACUACUGCAGCAGCGAGAAGGUUAAGAAAGCCUACGGGAGGCACGACACCGUUCGUGUGUUCGGCUAUGCCGCGACGUGUGGCUUCGUGUUCGCCAUGGCGGAGCUCACCGAGGAGCAGGCGUCGCUCCUCAAGAAAGGCGACUCCGGCAGCUCUGCGGACAAAGUCGGCCACGAGGAGGUGGAUGAUUUGGCUGAGCGCAUGUGCCUCAGCCUGAGCCCUUCCAAUUGGGAGGACGUCUCCUGCAUCGUCGAUCUUGCAAAGUUCGCUGCCCCAGAAAUAGGCGGCGGGGACGACGGGGAAGACGCCUUGCGCCUAGCUGCGGACAAGACUGAUAUCAAGAGCACGCAUCCAUCAAGGAUCACCAUCAUGCCUCUUGGCUCAGUGGAGGGCACCGACUACAGCUUCGCCCGAGCCGUCGGCACCCCGUGGACUUUGCUGGCGACAAAGCUGCGCUCCUGGACUUCGCCAACAGCGGAAGAAGCCGCGAAGAAAGUCGGAAAAGUUGAGGUCUAUGCAGCCACCGAAUCCGGUCGCGAGGCCUGUUGCCUCCUUGUUGAUGAAGAGACUUGCGAACUGGACGUGGUCUUCACGGGCUACUACCAGCCAUACACGACUCCGCUGAGUCGGAACAGCUGGUCCACGACUCGAAAUUUUGUUGGAGGUACACCGUGGGGGCGCAGAAGCUACGAUCGCUACUGACUACUGAACGUGGCGCAGAAGAGAGCGCCAAAGCAAGGUCAUCCCUCAGUCACUUCUUUAACAACGUUCAAGCCUGACCGAGCAGUGUCCCCGGUGUUGCUGAAAGUGCGCCACUGCGGAGUCUUCUAUUUUAUGCUUGAAAAUUAUUUUUUGUACCCCCGCUGCUGGCACAGCCAGUGAAUCGUUGUUUUUGCUUCAGCCGUGUGCCAAAUAAAAAAUCAUUAUUUUUUUAAAAUA